AGGAAACCCAGCGUGCGCUUGUCCUCUCCAGCCUCCUUCUCCCAGCCUCGACGGCUGUUUGAGGUUGGGGACGGAUUUCCCUGAUAAAACUCCCCCAGCAGAAGGAGGAAGGGGCCCCUCGUCUUCCUGCAGAGCGGUGAUCCUGUCCCGGAGGCAGAGCCAUGGCUUCGCAGAGCCCCUCGGAGAGCCUGCAAGGCGAAGCCUCCUGCUCCAUCUGCCUGGGCUAUUUCCAGGAGCCCGUCUCCAUCCCCUGCGGCCACAACUUCUGCCGGGAAUGCAUCACCCGCUGCUGGGAAGGGCUGGAGGCCAACUUCUCCUGCCCCCAGUGCAGACAGACGGCUUCGCACAAAAGUUUCCGUCCCAGCAGGGAGCUGGCCAAGAUCGCCGAAAUCGCCCGGCAGCUGAGCCUGCAGGCAGGCAGAGGAGCAGAGGGGGGCGAGGGUUGGUGCCAGCAGCACCAGGAGGCUCUGAAGCUCUUCUGCAAGGAGGACCAGCAGCCCAUCUGCACGGUGUGCGACCGGUCCCAAGCUCACCGCCUCCACACCGUGCUCCCCGCCGAAGAGGCCGCCCAGGAGUACAAGGAAGAAAUCCAGGCUCGCCUCCAGCUUUUAAAGGAAGAAAGAGAAAAAUACCUGGAAAGCAGAAAAUCCAGAGCAAGGAAAAACUUGCACUUGGAGAAAACCAAAAACGAAGGGAAAAAGAUAGUGUGUGAAUUCGAGCAGUUGCACCAAUUUUUGAAAGACCAAGAGCGCCUCCUCCUGACCCAGCUGGCAGAGCUGGACCGGGCCAUCUCCAGGGUCCAGGAGGAAGCGGUGGUGAAGGUCUCGGAGGAGAUGGCCCACCUCGACACCCUGAUCUGGGAGAUGGAGGGGAAAUUCCAGCAGCCAGCGAGCAAAUUUCUGCUGGACAUCAGAAGACUCUUGCAGAGCUGUGAAGUGAUGAAGUUCAACCCUCCCGUGGAGAUUUCCCCCGAUCUGGAAAGAAGACUUGAGGACUUCCUUCAGAAAAAUGUCCUUGUGAGAUGCACGCUGAGGAAAUGCCAAGAUAGCCUGAUGUUUAAAUUGCAAGAGCCAACCAACGUGACCCUGGACCCAGCCACGGCUCACCCCAACCUCCAUCUCUCCGAGGACAGAAAACAAGUCAGGGGCCAACUGGUGCCGCAGGACCUCCCCGACAACCCGGAGAGAUUCGACUUCGAGCCUUGUGUGCUGGGCUGUCAGGGCUUCACCUCAGGGAGGCAUUUUUGGGAGGUGGAGGUGGGACAGGGGGGUGUUUGGGCCCUAGGGGUGGCCCGAGAGACAGCGAAGAGGAAGGGACCCAUGAGCCUCACCCCCAAGGAGGGCAUCUGGGCGCUGGAGGCUUAUCACUCCCUUACAUCCCCCCGUGCCAACGUGCGCCUGAACCAGCUUCCCAGGAGGAUACGGGUCUCCUUGGACUACGAAGGGGGUCGGGUGGCGUUUUUCAGCUCGGAUGAUGAUGCUCCUAUCUUGGUCUAUGGCAGGGCUUCGUUCAACGGGGAGAGGGUCCUCCCUUGGUUCAAGAUGGGGAUGGGGGCCCGCUUGCAAGAAAUCACCCAAAACUCAUCCUCAGAGGAGCAGUCCAUGACCGGGCAGCUGAUGUCCCCUCUGGAUUGGGUUGGGUUCAGGUGUCCCCUCCGGAUCUGUCCUUGAGAUGUCUGUCAAUCCUUAAUGAAAGGGACAUCUCCUGUGUGAUGCCAGCUGUUUGCUGUGGUUACUUGGGACAUCAUGACAAGGGGGAGGCUUUGGGAUGGCACCUCUACAUGAGGAUGGAGAGAUGGGGACACCAUCAGACAGCAGCGAGGAGGAAGGAUCAACCAGUAUGAGGGAUGGAGGGAACAAAGGGGUUGAUCGAGAAUGGAGAACACCCAGGGCUUUCAAACACGUGGUCUUAUUUAUUCUGCCUUUAACUGAAUCCUCCUAUAUAUAAAGUCUUUAUCUCUUUCCAGCAUGUUUUCUUUCUGGCAUCAAUUGCAAGGCAGAUCUAGAGUCUGUUCUGCAAAAGGAGGUGGCCUGUCACCACAAAUAGCAUUGCCUGGUUUGGUUUGUGGAGCUGGUCUCUAUCUCUGUCUAGAUCUCCAAUAUUUAUUUUGAAUAAUAAUAAUAAUAAAAA